CGCCUUGAGCCGGCCGCGUCCUGCUCUCGGGCUCCCUCUGGUCGACGGCGGGCGGGCGCCGAGCUGCUGAGGCUAUGUCGCUGAAACAUUACCUUCUUUUGCUGGUGGGCUGCCAAGCCUGGAGUGCAGGGCUGGCCUACUAUGGCUGCCCAACUGAGUGUACCUGCUCCAGGGCCUCCCAGGUGGAGUGCACUGGGGCACGCAUCGUGGCAGUGCCCACUCCCCUGCCCUGGAACGCCAUGAGCCUGCAGAUCCUCAACACGCACAUCACCGAACUCAACGAGUCCCCAUUCCUCAACGUCUCAGCCCUCAUUGCCCUGAGGAUUGAGAAGAACGAGCUGUCCCACAUCGUGCCUGGUGCCUUCCGUAGCCUGGGCUCGCUGCGUUACCUCAGCCUUGCCAACAACAAGCUUCAGGUGCUGCCUAUUGGCCUCUUCCAGGGCCUGGACAACCUCGAGUCGCUCCUUCUGUCCAGCAACCAGCUGGUGCAGAUCCAGCCGGCACACUUCUCCCAGUUCAGCAACCUCAAGGAGCUGCAGUUGCAUGGCAACCACCUGGAAUAUAUCCCUGAUGGUGUCUUCGACCACCUGGUGGGCCUCACCAAGCUCAAUCUCGGCAAGAAUAGCCUCACCCAUCUCUCGCCCAGGGUCUUCCAGCGCCUGGGCAACCUCCAGGUCCUCCGACUGUAUGAGAACAGGCUCUCAGAAAUCCCCAUGGGCACUUUUGAUGGGUGUGGAAACCUCCAGGAGCUGGCCCUGCAGCAGAACCAGAUUGGUAUGCUCUCCCCUGGCCUCUUCCACAACAACCGUAACCUCCAGAAGCUCUAUCUGUCCAACAACCACAUCUCCCAGUUGCCCCCUGGCAUCUUCAUGCAGCUGCCCCAGCUCAACCGUCUCACGCUUUUUGGGAAUUCCCUGAAGGAGCUCUCUCCGGGGAUCUUUGGGCCCAUGCACAACCUGCGUGAGCUUUGGCUCUACGACAACCACAUCACUUCUCUGCCUGACAACGUCUUCAGCAACCUCCGCCAGCUGCAGGUCCUGAUUCUCAGUCGUAACCAGAUCAACUACAUCUCCCCAGACGCCUUCAAUGGGCUGGUGGAGCUGCGGGAGCUGUCCCUCCACACCAAUGCGCUGCAAGAGCUGGAUGGGAAUGUCUUCCGCAUGUUGGUCAAUCUACAGAACAUCUCCUUGCAGAACAACCGCCUCAGACAGCUCCCAGGGAAUAUCUUUGCCAAUGUCAAUGGCCUCAUGACCAUCCAGCUGCAGAACAACCAGCUGGAGAACCUGCCCAUGGGCAUCUUCGAUCACCUGGGGCACCUGUGUGAGCUGAGGCUCUAUGACAACCCCUGGAGAUGCGACUCAGACAUCCUACCACUCCGCAAUUGGCUUCUGCUCAACAAGCCCAGGUUGGGGACAGAUACUCUCCCGGUAUGUUUCAGCCCACCCAGUGUCCGAGGCCAGUCCCUCAUCAUCGUCAGCGUCAGUGCUGCUGUCCCCAGUGUCCAGGUCCCAGUGAUCCCCGAGGUGCCCAGCUACCCGGAAACACCACAGUACCCGGACACACCCAGCUACCCCGACACCACCCCCAUCUCCUCCACUACUGAGUUCACCAGCUCCGUGGAGGACUACACUGACCUGACCACCGUUGAGGUCACCGAAGACCGUGGUACGUGGGGCAUGACCCAGGCCCAGAGCGGGCUGGCCAUUGCCGCCAUUGUCAUUGGCAUCAUUGCCCUGGCCUGUUCCCUGGCUGCCUGCAUCUGCUGUUGCUGCUGCAGGAAGAGGAGCCAUGCGGUCCUGAUGCAGAUGAAGGCACCCAACGAGUGUUGAAGAGGCGGGCUGGAGGCGGAGCUGGGGGACAGUGGGACCACUGGAAGAUCUGGGAGUUUCAUUGUUCCACCUCCACCUCUGGGUCCACAGAGCCAUCCCCUGCUUCCUCUCUGCUCCCCAAGAGAAAGGCCCCCCCCCCCCCACUUUUUCCUGACCUGCCUGGUUCUCCUAGAGAGAACUACAGGAGAAUCAGCUCUUGCAGGGCCUUCUUAACCACCAGGGAGAUCGAACUGGCCAUGGCAAAACCCCCCUGGGGUUUCUAACUCAUGUCUAAUUCACUCGAGAAAGCCCCUCUCCACAGCCUCACCAGCUCUCCUCCAAGAACAAGCUUCCCUGUGUCCACAGCCCUGCUGGCCUCUGUAGACUCCGUUCUCAUGUCUGCUCACUUUGUGGGAAUAGUUCUCCCCGGGGGGGGGGGCAGCUCCUCUCCCAAGUAUGAUGUAAGUUGAUUCCCCUUCCUUCGCUUCCCCCCCACCUGUGGCAUGGCUGUCCCCUGUCCCCUGAAAUGAAAGGUCUCCCUCAAUGUUCUGCUCCUGAAGGCAGGGUGAGUUCUGUCCUCAAAGACGGCUUCCACCCACUCAACUGGCUUCCUGAGAGUGGCCAAGCACCCUGGCUUUCGGAUGCUGUGAAAGAGACAAGGAGGGACCAUGUCGCUCAGUUCCUGUGGAGAGGGCCGCUGUCAACAUCUCUCACGGGAUCGUUAUCUGGAAAAGGAAGAAGGGCACCAGUGCAAUAAGUCAGCCUCAUGGAGAAUAUUUCUGAACUGCAGACUUUGCUUUGAAAAUGUUGGUCCCUUGGGGAAUAAGAUCAUGUAGAAUGUCUGCCCCCUAAAAACAUUUAAAAUCUGCUUAUUGGUACUGGAUGGAGAAAGCACCCAGGUACCAGGGGGCCCUUAUGUUCACCCCUAGGGUUUUUCUCUUUUAACUUUUUAUUGAAGUGUAGCAUACGUACAGAAACGUGGGAGUGUGAUCAUGUAGUGUUGGAUGGAUCUUCACAAACAGUUCAUACCCAUGUAAUCAGCAUCCACAUCAAGAAACAGAGUAUCACUAGUAUCUUCAAUCCUGGGCUUUAACUGGAGAAUAGAGGCUUUUGGAGAUGGGUCCCCAUGGCCAAGCCAGCCCCUCACUGUCCUUGCCAGCCAGCCCUUGCAAAGGCCCAGCUGCCAGGGGUGGCGGAGAGGAUGUGGGUACAUUCUGGCCUAGACAGCAGAUGUUAUUAGAUCCCCAUGCCCCAAGGCACCCAGGAUGGCCAGGUUAGAGGUAUCUCGACUGCAGAAGACCUUUCUCUGCCAGCAAGUUGUCUGCUGCUGAUCGGAGGCCCCUCUGCCUGGUCCUUUUAUGGGCAUGCUAUGCCUUAUAUCUGUUUUUAAUUUUCACUCCCCAUUUGAGGGAAGUGAAAUAGUUCAGAGAUGAGAUCCUUUAAUUGAAAAGCCAAGUGUAAUGGAACCCGGCAAUCCUGUUAGUGUGGUAAAAUCCCCCAUCAGUCAGCUAGACACGGAUGUUCAUCACAUACAGCAGGCAACAUCAGGGCAUACAGAGAGGUCACGCUGGGUCAGGGGGCUCUCUGGGACUCCUUGUGCCUGUGGCCUGGUUAUGAGAGUGGAGUUGUUUGGUCCGGGGUUAUAAUAGUCACAUAAAUGCCUGCCUUUGUCACCCUUCCUGCUCCACACACAUUCACACUGGUAAAGAAAUUUUGCUCAGGGCAACUCACAUCUUCGUCUGGACAACUGGUCUAUCAGUUGAGAGGUAAAAACAGUGAAAUGGAGAAUUUCGGGUGCCUAUGUCUGCCCAGGAAAGAGCUGCAGCCAAUGCUAUCACGAUUCGGAAACCCUGACUGGCUCUUACUAGUUUCCUCUGUAGCACAAGAUGAAUGGGAAAUCCCGCGAGGCCUUAGCAGCACGGUGCUACCAGGUUCCCAACAAAAAGGGUCCAUGAAGGGAUGUGCUAACUAGUACACUUAGUAGUGUUAUACUCUCUGUCCCAGAGAAUCUGGGAGAGACAGGGCUUGUCAAAGGCAAAAAACAUCUUCUCUCCAAGGUAAAUCUGGGCCUCCAAAAUGUUUUCAAAAUAUUUAUAGCAACUAGUGGACAGGUACUGACACUUGCCAGAGCAUGAAAGGAAGUGAGCCCAGAGCUUGGGGCAUGGGCAUCAUUCCACUGAUGGUGCUGCCCUAUUCGAUCCUGGGGCCAUCAGGGGAAGCUGCCUGCUUUCCUCCAGACAGGAAGCAUGGUGUGGCACCGCCUCCGGUGUCUCGUUGUACAAGGGUGCAAGUGGGCCAGAGAUGGCAGGGAGGUGAGGAAGGAGUCAUCUUCAUCCAGUGUGUCCCCUUUACCUGACCCUCUGGCUUGCUUGUCCCUUUCUUUCAUCAGAGUGGCUUGGAUGGAGCCACUGGGCCUCCAAUUCUUCGGCAGGCAUCUUGGCCUCUCUGCACCAUGUUGUCUGGUCAGGAAGCUACCAGAAAAGCUGGGUGGAGUUUCCUUUCCAACAAGACAUUGCAUUUGCUCACUUCUCAGCGCUGGAGCGAGCUGCUUUGUCCCCCAAGGCUGAGGUAGGGCACAGAGUUCACUUUAAUUUUUCACCUUGCCGGUACUAGCAGCUUCCAUUAAUGUUAAUGUUGCAGGAAAGAUAAUAAAAGCCAGUUAGAACCACUGUUUAGCGACGAUGCUUACUUAAGUGCGUAGAUACCCUUUAAAGCACUUAACGAGCAUUUUCUUUUUAAACUUCACAGCACCCUUGUGCAUAGAUACUACCGUUAUCCCUUUGAAAUGGGUCUAAAAUCACUUUCUUCCGCAACGUUAUUCAGUGGGCUGUGGGUUUCCCUUCUGUCCUCAAACUUUGUACGAGACCUUGUGGCCUGUCCUGCACUUUCAUCAGUCGAGAAAAUGGGAGUCACUUUCCUGUUGCUUCUUAUAGUCCCAGGCAUGGGAACCUCAUGUGGUAGUGUGUGGACCAGAAGCCUGGUCAAUACAGGAAAACAUGAAGUUCACCCGUCCCUUACAGAAAAAAGGCCCCUCUCAUGGAAACUGUUGGGGCUGUGUGUGUGCUCUCUUCCUCUUUAGGAGUUAAGGGCGCAGCUCAGCUCUCAGGACUCUUCAUGGGCAACAACACAAGUUCACAACCCUUCAGAUGUCAGUGCGGAGCAGUUUCAGGAAUCUGUUUCCAAACUCAGGAAGCUUAUGGAGAGCAGACAGCUAGAGAUAACUAGGUAACUAGAGCCGGUAACCAGACGUUGGCUGUAUCCCAGCCUUUAGCUACAAACCACUCCGAGCUCAGCCCACAGAUCGUAGAGUCAGAACCGAAUCCAGGGUGCUGGGGAGGUGGUGGUGGGCUCGAGGAAGAAGCCAUCACUGGGGUUCGGAGAGGGGGGCCGGGCGGGUGCUUCUCCAGGCCAGACUCCUCCCAGCCUGGAUCUCUCCCUCACCUACGGAGAGCUCCUUCUCACCAACCUGUUGCCUUUAUGCUGCAUUCAAAAGUAGAUCAUAUUCGCCUCGCUUAGAGAAUCACUGCAAAUAAUCCCAGGUGCUUGGUGAUGCGUUUAGAGAUUUCUAGGCCCCCAGGGUUUUAUAGAGUGUGAGCCCUGGUGGGCAGGGUUGGGGGUCCAACUUCGCUGGACGCUGCCCGUAACAACCGUGGUGUACAGAAUCAACAAUAAAUGGUAUACACAGGA